GCCGAGCAGUUACCGGGGCCGGUUCUCCAGAAGGAUAAAAGUUUUUCUUUAAAGUUGAAGGAGUUUCGGAAUGAAACUUUCUGAAAGUUUUCAGAAAGGAAGCGGAGGAGGAGCGGUUUGGACGGCGAGGGGCACAGGAGGUGGCUCGGGAGCCCUCCGAGGUGAAGCAGAUUUCCUCUUCCAAAAUGACUUUCCGAUUUCUGGUUUUGUGUCUGGCGUGUUCUGGGCUUGGAAAGGCAAAGGUGGUUCCACAGGCUGAAGAAAUUCAAGUGAGGGUGGGUGACAACGCCCCUCUGAGCUGUGCCCUGACAGAACCCAUGGAUGUUGUGCAAGUGACGUGGCAAAAGGGCUCUGAAAAAUCACUUAAGAAUAUAGCUACAUACAGUAAACUGAAAGGAUUGAGGAUUCACAAGUCCUAUCAAGACCGAAUGAAUUUCACAAGUCUGGAACUCAACGAGACAAGCAUCACUUUUUGGGACACUACAAUGGAUGAUUCAGGAUGUUACCUGUGUCUCUUCAAUACCUUUCCCUCAGGCUCUGUCUCUGGACGUACCUGCCUGAGUGUCUUUGGUCUCAAUGCAUCUGUCCACUACAACAUUUCUGAAGGUCACUUGGUAGCCGUCUGUAGUGCUGUUGGCUUCCCAGAGCCCACCAUCACCUGGAACGACUUGUUCGAUUCUGCUCCUACACAGGAGGUGGUCAGUCACGCCAGUGGGGUGGUGUCCAUCACCAGCACACUGCACAUCCACAACCCCCAGAGGAUCAGGGCCCAGGACUUGAUCUGCAGAGUGAACAACACAAAGGAAACCAGGGAAUUGCCCGUGAGGAUUAACGGAGAAGAGGGACCCUCAUUACUUUGGCUGCUGAUUAUUGCUGUGAUCGUAACUGUUGUCGUAGUUGUGUGUUUGCUGUUCUGGAGGAAGAAAAUCUGCAGGAGGUGUUGAAGUGGAUCCUUGAGGAUUUCCACUCACCUUCCAUAUCAUCAGAACCCAGUAACCUGAAGUCAGCAUUAGAAAUAGUGACUUGACUGGUUGGAAAGAAGCAGCAAAAAAGGGAAAAGAAACAUACGCUGCCCUAUCUAGAUACUGAAUUAUCACUGAAAUGACUAACACAAAGUUUUUUAUCCAGUCUGGACCCUUAAAGUACGAUCAGAGAGACCACUUAGUCCUCUCCUCUGCUGUGCAAAAAUCUUCUUUGCUCGUGCUACUCAUGCUACUGCUGCUGUGAAAAAUGUAUUUGCCUUCUUCCAGUUGAGAUUUGAAAACAGCCAUGGAUGGAAGCUCUGCAGACUCUCUGGGGACCCUCUUGCAGUGCCUGAUUGCUCUUGUAGUAGAGAGGGGCUUAAUUUUUGGCAACUUCUGUCUGCAAUUUUACUUGCAGCAACUCUGAGUUCAUUGCCCUCUUCCUGUGAUCUGGUUUUCCUUCUCUUACUCGGCUAUUCCAGCUCCUUUUCCUCAGUGAAUGUGUCAUUGUGCCAAGGACAGUAUUGCUUAACUUUCUCCAAAAACACCUUCCAGACUCAAAACCACAGGACUUGAGGCCACAGGAACUCAAACCACACUGAAUUUGUCAGAAUUACUGGGGAAGACCAAUAGAACUCCAAGGAGGUGACAGGUUAAAGAAAGUAGCAGCCACAGUUGGGAAAAAAGAAUUAUAUGUCAUUUAUAUAUAUUUAUAAAUAUAUAAGUAUUGUACUUUAUUUGACCUUUCUAAUCCUGGGGUGAGGUUUCUUCUUGGUGUGGGGGUUUUUUGUUUCUUUUGGUUCAGUUUGUUUUUGGGGUUUUUGGUGGUUUUUUUAAAAUAAGUGAGGAGGACCGGGAAACAAAGCCCAGCA